AUGUCCGCCUCUGAAGACAACAACCCCGCCACAGGAUACCAACGACCAAAGCCCGAAGGCAUGUCGAAGUCACUCAAUGUCUUCAAACAACCUCUCGCUCUCUUCUCCACGUCGCCCAUGACCGGCUACAUGCGCAACGGCUACUGUGACGUGCCCGCCUCGGACUUUGGCAACCACUCCGUGGCAGCAGAGGUGACGGAGGAAUUUCUCGACUUUACCGCACGCCAGGGCAAUGACCUGCGCUCCAUUGGCGGCAUGAAGGCCGGGUGCAAAUGGUGUCUGUGUGCGGGGCGGUGGUUGGAGGCCUUUGAGGCGAGGGGUCGCGAGAAGGAUGGAGACAAGAUUGUGCCCAAGAUCUUCUUGAACGCUACCAAUCAGGCCGCGCUGAGGACGGUCGACUUGGCGGAUAUGAAGAAGUUUGCUGCGGAUAACAAGGAGUAA